GUUCUUUUUUCAGCAACAUGUAUUUGAUGUCUGUGUUUAUCAUCUUUGCCUUGACGUAUAGCUUACUCAUUUUCCUGUCAUUGAAAUUGCACCAUCACGUCAAAUGGUGGCAUCAUAUUGCACUCUUUUUGCAUAUGAUUUCUCAGGCAAUCACAGUAUCAAUAUUGGUUGCUGUGUAUGAGUGGCUGAGUGUGUUAUCUACAUAUUUAUUUCUCUCAGUGGCAUUUAGCAUCUUGUUCUUAUUCACUCUGCAAAGAAGAAUGGAGUACAAAUAUUGGGCUGUGAUAGCAAUCUGUGGAAUUUUUUUAGUUCCUACUACAAUAGUAUUUCAAGUUCUGUUGCACUGCAGUGACAGGGAGCUUGUCCACUCCAUUGGUUUGAGUGCUUUGCUAUUUUUGUAUCACAUUUUCAGUAUUGAAGUUUUCCUUCGAAGGCUGUGUACAGAUGAACAUGUAAAAGCUGCAAUACUACUGUAUGUCAUACCACAGAAUAUCAUUCACAUUAUGAAGUUGAAAAUCCCAAAAUUAUUUAAAUCAACGGGUUCUUAAUACUUUGUACAUUUAGAGAUAA